UUAUAUUUAAGCUUUCCAUUUAUCACCCAAAAGCAACAUUGAAGGGAUUUUGUCGAGACCAAAAUAAAAUAAAAAAGAAGAAGAAGAAGAAGAAGAAGAAGAGCCAAGUUACAGUAUAGAAAUUGCCCCGCUAUAAUAUGCAGAAGAAGUUAGCACCAGGAAAAGAGGGAACGAAAUGCAGGGUGACGCGCAUCACAAAUUGGCCAUUGCAGGGAAAUGUGCCGCGCGGAAGUGACAGUUAGAAAACGCCGCGCCCCAAUUUCAACAAGCAAAUAGGCAAAUUUCAUCCCAAACCCUCAUUUCCGCAGGAAGGCCCGUAAUGGCGACCUCCAACACUACCCUCCUACCGCCACUUUCUCCACCGUCCUCCGACUCAGAUUCCGACUCCGGCACCAGUUCCCGCCAGCACCAACACACUGACCUCUCCUGCACCAUCUUUAAAUCCUACCUCGAACUCACCGGUCACCAAUCCUCCCCUCAACAUCAAGACCUGAUAAAGAUCCAAUCGUUCCUUACUUCCUCUCGCUCUGGGGCUCUCUCAUGCCUCAUAUGCCUUGAACGGAUCAAACCCACCGAUCCCACCUGGUCCUGCUCCUCCCGCUGCUUCGCAGUCUUCCACCUCCUCUGUAUCCAAUCCUGGGCCCACCAAUCCUCAAAUCUUGCAGCUGCACGGGCUGCCUCACGCGCCGCCACUCUUAACGAUGACACCCUCCGCUGGCAUUGCCCCAAAUGCCGGAUCGAGUAUCCCAAAUUGCAGACCCCCAAGUAUUACUAUUGUUUUUGUGGAAAACUCGAAAACCCACCUCAUGAUCCCUGGAUUUUACCUCAUUCUUGUGGAGAAAUCUGUGGUAGGCCGUUGACAUACAAUUGUGGGCACGAAUGCUUGUUGUUGUGUCACCCAGGGCCCUGCCCCUCGUGCCCGAAAUUGGUUAAAACCAAGUGUUAUUGUGGGGCUAAAGAGGACGUGAGACGUUGCGGGUUUAAGGAUUUUUCUUGUAAAGGCGUUUGUAGAAAGACAUUAGCUUGUGGAAGCCAUAGGUGUGGUGAAAUUUGCCAUGAUGGUGACUGUCCGAUGUGUCGCAAAAAAGGGGUUUAUAAGUGCCAAUGCGGGAAGGUGGAGCUGGAAAGAGAGUGUUGUGAGAGGAUUUUUAGGUGUGAAAAUCCAUGCCAGAAGUUGCUUGGCUGUGGGAGGCAUGUUUGUGAGAGAGGGUGUCAUAAAGGUAAAUGUGGUGAGUGUCCACUCCAGGGGAAGAGGACUUGUCCUUGUGGAAAGAGAGUGUAUGAAGGGAUGGCUUGUGAUGUUGCUGUGCCUCUCUGUGGAGCAACUUGUGAUAAGCUGUUGAGCUGUGGAUUCCAUAGGUGCCCAGAAAGAUGUCAUCGCGGGCCUUGCAUUGAGACUUGCAGGACAGUUGUAACCAAGUCCUGCAGGUGUGGAAGCGCAAGGAAACAGAUUCCUUGUUAUCAAGAUUUAACAUGUGAAAGGAAGUGCCAGAACGUGCGGGAUUGUGGGCGUCAUGCUUGCAAGCGUCGCUGUUGUGAUGGGGACUGCCCACCUUGUUCUGAGAUUUGUGACAGGAGGCUUCGAUGUAGGAAUCACAAAUGCCCUGCUCCGUGCCAUAGAGGUGCCUGUUCUCCUUGUCCACUGAUGGUGAUGAUUUCAUGUUCAUGUGGGGAAACACAUUUUGAGGUUCCAUGUGGCACAGAGACCGAGCAAAAGCCUCCUAAAUGUCCCAAACGAUGUCGUGUAGCUCCAUUGUGCACCCACAGGUUAAUUUGCAAGCCACACAAGUGUCAUUAUGGAGCUUGCCCUCCUUGUCGUCUGAUCUGUGAUGAAGAAUACUCAUGUGGGCACAAGUGCAAAUUAAGGUGCCAUGGCCCUAGACCUCCUGCCCUUCCAGAGUUUACAUUGAAACCAAAGAAAAAGAAGUCAAGUCAUGAGGCUGAACAUACUCCUGGUACAUUGUGCCCUCCUUGUCCUGAACUGCUGUGGAGAUCAUGUGUUGGCAAUCACAUAGGAGCAGAGAGGAUGAUGAUCUGCUCAAAUCCAGCAGAGUUUUCAUGCGACAACUUAUGUGGCACUCUUCUUUCCUGUGGCAACCAUUACUGUACAAAGAUAUGCCAUGCCUUGAAGAGCGAUUCGAAAUCAUAUAGUUCUGUACUGGCUGAAUCAUGUGAAGAGUGUAAUCUUCCUUGCCAAAAGGAGAGAAGUCCUCCUUGUCUGCAUCCUUGCCCUUUGGUGUGUCAUCCUGGAGAAUGCCCUCCGUGUCAUUCACUAUUAAAGCGUGCAUGCCACUGCGGUGCCAUGGUUCAUGCUCUUAAGUGCAUAUAUUACAAUAGUUUGGACGAAAGGGAGCAAAUGGCUGUUCGUUCAUGCGGAGGACCAUGUCAUAGAAAGCUACCAAACUGUACGCAUCUAUGUCCAGAGAUUUGUCAUCGUGGUCAAUGUCCAUCACCUGACAAGUGCUCCAAAAAGGUUAUUGUUCGGUGCGGAUGCCAGACCUUGAAGAAGGAGUGGUCGUGCAAAGACGUGCAAGAAGCCUACAGGAAUGCUGGGUCUGAUCCCAAAGAUGUGCCUAAAACUCAUUUUGGACUUGGACUUCUCCGUUGUGAUACGGAUUGCAGGAGUAAAAUGAAGAUCACUGAUUCUGAGCUACAACUUCGUAAAUCUGUAGUGACACAGAAAAAGGAGCCAGAUGGUGAGAAACCCGUAGCAAAACGAAGAAGGCGAAGGGAGCGGGUUCAGGAAGACAAGAAAGUUUCCAGACUGCAGGUUAUUAGUGGUGCUACGAGAAAGGUGCUUUUGAUUGUCAUCAUUUUGGUAACGCUGAUUGCAGUAGCAUACUGUGGAUACAAUGGCCUUUUGUGGCUCUCAGAUUGGAUGAAUGAAGCUGAACUACAACGGCAAAGAAGAAUAUACCCUCGAAUCUGAUUAGCACGUAGUAGUAAUACUACUAUCAAUUGUCAAGGAGUGGGGUUUUAAGUAAGUAUAGAGUGAGAGUGGGUUCAGUCAUCAAAGAAUUCAUUUUUUCUGUUUAAUGAUUUUAAUAAAGCUGCACCAUGUAGGACUUACCGAGCAUAUAUUACUAGACUAGAGGAUGUUUCAGAAUCUUGGAUUUUAUCCAUUUAUUCAUUUGUUAUUUAGUCACUUGAAGAACUUUGUUAACCCCAUUGAUCGUGUAUUGAGUUUGCCAGUUAACAGGAAGAUUGAUUGUUGUAGGCAUGGAAGUAAUACAAUACGGCCCCUUGUGGAAUGUUACUUAUAAAAGAUUGUUAAAAGGUUCUUGGUGGAUGUUGAACAAGUCUGGAUAACAAUAAAUAGGGGCGGCAGAAGGGGCAAUCAGGAACAGGAACAGGAACAGGAACAGGAACAGGAGCGUCAAGCGUGUGUGCAUAUCUUCCGAAUAGAGAGAGAGGCGGAGGCUCGCACACACGGCGGUGGCUCGAGUAAAAGCUCUAGCCCCGCGUGGUCUCUACAAAGUAGCCCUGUAUAACCCCAUUCCCGACCGACAUCUCU